AUGGAAAAAGGAAAUUAUUCUUCACAAAUCAGAUUUUUCCUUCGUGGACUUCCUCAUGUGAAGGAGCUCACAAUUCCCUUUGUUCUGCUUUUUUCUCUUAUUUACAUCUGCACUCUUCUCUGGAAUGUUCUCCUGUAUGUAAUAGUAAAAAGAACACCUUCACUUCAUACUCCUAUGUAUUUCUUCCUUACAAACCUCUCCUUCCUAGAUAUCUGUCUUUCUUCAGUCACAUUACCCAAGCUGCUGGACAAUUUCAUAUCAACUAAGGCCAUUAGCUUUAUUGGCUGUGUUUCUCAGUUGUAUUUCUUCCACUUUUUGGCAAGCUCAGAGUGUUUUUUAUAUACUGUCAUGGCAUAUGAUAGGUAUGUGGCCAUAUGUCAGCCCUUGCAUUACAGCACUAUUAUGAAUUGGAAAAUGUCCACAUGUUUAGCUUUCGGUUGUUGGUUGACUGGCUCUCUCCACUCAAUUACUCACACAGUACUAACUUUUCACCUCUCAUUUUGCGAGUCUACUGAGAUUGACUAUUUCUUUUGUGACAUUAUCCCAGUACUAAAGUUGGCAUGUUCUGAUACAACACUUAACAAAACCAUGAUAUUAGCCAAUAUUGCAGCUAUUUCACUAAGCUGCUUCCUCCUAAUCCUGAUCUCAUAUGUACAUAUUGUUUGGGCUAUAAUGAAGAUAAGGACAGCUGGUGGGAGGAAAAGGGCCUUCUCCACUUGCGUCUCUCAUGUCAUAUUGGUUGCAUUAUUCUAUGUUCCAUGUAUCUUCACCUACAUGCGUCCUGACUCAGAAUCCUCAAAGAGUGGAGCAGUGGCUGUUUUUUACACAAUGGUUACUCCUUUGUUGAACCCAGUUAUCUAUAGUUUCAGAAAUAAAGAUGUAAAGGAAGCAAUAGGUAAAUGGCUUAGAUGCUCAUCGUAG